AUGCGCUUCCAGCUGGAGGGUCUCACUGUGUACUUCCCUUACCAUUUCAUCUACCCUGAGCAGCACCAGUACAUGCUGGAGCUGGACGCCAAGGGGCACUGCCUGCUGGAGAUGCCCACAGGCAUGGGCAAGACUGUGACGCUGCUGUCCCUCAUCACCUCCUACCAGCUGCCACACCCAGAGGUGGGCAAGCUCAUCUACUGCACACGCACCGUGCCGGAGAUGGAGAAGGUGUCCCAGAUGGAGAGCUGCGAGUUUGAGCGGGAGUGUGUGGUUGUGUUUGUUGAGGCGCACAACAUCGACAAUGUGUGCAUAGAGAAGCUGUCGGGGCGUGGCGCCUCCCCCCCCACCGCCGCCCCCACCUGA